CUGAUGAUAUAAAUUGUAAAAAGCUGCACAGACAUGGAGGGAUAUAAUCUCUUCCAAAUACCAAGGAACAUCGUGAGGAUGUCCUUUAUUCUAAUCAAUAACUUAUAUUGCAUUCCAACUUACGUGAUUUGGGUGCUGUUGUUAUGGCCUUUGAAGAAAUUGCGUCCUGAACUGUAUUGGAAAAUUGAAGGAUACUUAUUUCAUUGGCUCUUGGCUAUGGUGUCUUUAUGGUGUGAGUCAGCAGGAUAUAGAAUUGUGGAAACUGGUGAUGAUAUAUCCGAGUGUUUAGAAGAAAGAACGUUGAUUAUAGCUAACCAUCAAUCCACAGCUGACGUACCAAUGUUAUUCUCAUGCUACAACACCAGACAAAAAGUGUUGCCUAAUAUUAUGUGGAUCAUGGACAGUUUAUUUAAGUAUACAAAUUUUGGAGUUGUUAGUUAUUUGCAUCAGGAUUUUUUUAUAAAAUCGGGUAAAGAAAACAGAGAUAAAGCGCUCCAAGAACUGUCUCAUCAUCUAGUCGAUAAAUAUGUGAUUCUUGAGCGAAAAUGGCUCGUUCUUUUCCCUGAAGGAGGUUUUCUUCGCAAUCGUAAGGCGAUAUCACACAAAUAUGCAGAUAAAAAUAAUUUGCCGAAGUUCGAGAAUGUUUCCCUGCCCCGAUUGGGGGCGAUGAAGAUAAUUAUGAAUACAGUUGGACCACAGUCUUCUGUAAAUAAUAAUUCUAGUAGUAAGUCAGAAUUCCAAAGAGCACAUAUCGAGUAUGUUCUAGAUAUAACAAUAGCAUACCCCAAAGGUGUCCCGAUAAACAUAACUGAUAUAUUAUUUGGGACCAGAGCACCAUGCGAAACAAUAUUCUUUUAUCGGGUUUACCGAAGUACCGAAGUGCCUGAAGAUUCAGAAGCUAUGACGGAUUGGUUAUUUAAAAGGUGGGCAGAAAAAGAAAAUAUGCUCCAAACCUACUAUGACACCGGAAUAAUUCCUGCCCAUUACAGCAGGACGAAUAAUUGUGAAUCAAGACUAGUGGUUCAAGACUAUUUAAAGUUUCUUAUAUUGCAUUUAUUUUUUCUAUUUUCGAGUUAUUUUCACGUACAAAUGUUUAUCACCGCAUAUCAGUGCUGUUUAUACUUUUGGGUUUAUUAGCACUUCGAAAUACCCUAUUUGGUUGUGUUAGUUAGGUACUAUCUGUGAAGGUGCAAAAAUUAGAGCACGAUGAAAAGUCUGAGGUUUGUGUACAAGUCGAAACAGGGAGCGUAGCUAAUGCGUUAUGAUGAAUGUAUUAUAGUUAUGUUAACAUUGUGACAGUGUGGAUGAAAAAUGUACUAUAACCUGUUUUUUAUUGAUGUUGGAAAAUUUUAACCAAAGAUAUUUUUGAUUUUUUUUUCCUCGCUAACACAUGUCCAUGUGUAGCCAAUCUAAACAGUCGUGAAUUUUUGUAUGUUAAGUAACUGUGUGGAAACCAUUAGAGUUGAUUUGUGGGUUUUCUUGUGCAUAUCGCUCAAUUUUAAUUUACGGGACGCAGAAACUAGAACGAAGACUGAUUUCAGAACAAUAUCAAGCAUGUGCAUGUUUAACUAGUUACAUUCAUGUGUGAUUUAUAUUUUUCGACAAAGCUCAUUCAUGUUAAAGAGAUCAGUUUUCUAUUGAAAUGUUUUCAAAAAUAGGUAUCUACAAUCAAGGUGAAUCUUAAAUAAUCACAAUUAAGUUUAAAUAUGUUAACCUUCGUGGGAUAAGAAAUCGUUUCCUUGGUUAGACUGUUCGUCACUUAUUUCAGGGUAAAGCAGUGAAGCAGUAAACUGUUCAAUUUAAAUGUCUUAAAACAUCAGUACUUAAAAUUAGGGUCUGCGCUACAAAUUUAGUGCUGUUACUAAUAUUUGUCACUGUAUAUGUAACUAAUUUGGUGGGCUGCAACAACAUACUUAAUUGAAAUUUGUAAUAUCGGAAAUUGGCACUAACAUUUUCACGAUUAUUCCAAUCGUAGAAAAACAAGGAUAAUACCCAAUUUAGAAAGCAACAAAUCAUUUUUUUUGAAUAUACAGGGUGUUUGAUUUAAGUAAUGUUUUAAUAUUUCUGUGAAUUUGAUUAAGUUUGUGCACGCAUUCACUAUUUUGCACAUUAAAGUGACAUUCAUAGCAAAAAAACUUAAAUGCUUUUUUAGUCACUAUCAGUUUGAAUUUUCGAUGUUUGGAAGUAUAACACUUCCAAACUCCACACUUGCUUAAUAAAUCAUGUAAGAGCACACCUUAGUGGAUUUACUGCACCAGAAUCAACUUCAAUUGAAAGUUGACGAGAAUAUAAUAGAUUAUGCGUGUCUGGUCGUUGAUUUCAAGUUUUCAUUGUUUGGUUUCGUCAACUUACAUUUCGUAACUGUUUUAAUUUAGCGUAACUAUAAUAAACCACAGGGGUUUACUUGAGCAUAUUUUAAUACAUUCGUAUGAUCGCUUAUAUCAAUAUAGUACGUUUUUAGAUUUCUAGUAGUUUCACUUUGAUUGCUUUUAUUGAAAUAUCUAAUUGGCUAUUAAUUAUUAGUUAUAGUUGUUUGGCUUUGGCACAAUAAUAGAUCGCCAACUUCAAAAUACUGUUUUAACUCUCAAAGUCACUUGAAUAAAAAUAUAUUAUUUUUAUAGGUAUAUAUGAAAUUGGGGAAAUUUUUGUUUAUGUAGUAAAAUCUAGUUAUUUCAGAUCACAUUAUGUAUUUUUUCAUUAUGUUUUCUGAAAGCCAGAAAGUUAUUACUCGUUAUUUCACAUCUACCGCCUACAGUGUCUGUACCGUUUGGGUGUUUGGAAUUUUUUUUCAGAUCUAAAGUCUGGUUAGUUAAAAGUUAUGGCAAAUGGGAAGCAUUUUUGUUUGCUUUGUUUAUGAGAUUUUCAAGUCGAAAAGUAUUGAAUAAUAAGUUAAUAAUGACUACUAAUAGAGUAUCUGUGAGCAUUUAGAUUUAAAUUUAAUUUAAUUUAAAUAAAAAAAAAAUGCUUUGUUAUACUUUACAAAGGAAAGGUAAGCGCUCACAAGAUUCAGAAAACUCACUCAAUGCUCGAUAUGUUUUUUGACGUGUUAUCAUGAUAUAGUUAAACGGGUCUGUCUCAGCCUCCGCAGUACUACUAUGCACUAAACCAUGCUUCCAAAUAAUGCCGCGAUGUAACAUGAAAAUAUAUUUACGAAACUUUUAGAAAAAUACGACCAAGUUUAAUAGUGUCUGAAUAAGGUCGGAGAACAAACUUACUCUCAAUUCCUCACAUGAUAUUGAUUGUAAUCUAGCCGGUAUCAUCAUACAGAAAUGAAUAAAGGCAAAUAAACAAACUUUGAUAGCGAACACUUACGCCGGUAUGCAUAGUCGAUCCAUAGAGAUAGUUUUGACGGAUAGUCGAGCGUCCCUCCGUCGACGUGAAGGCGAUUUUGAUGUAGAGUUGAUCUUUGUUAGAUGGAAUCGCCGACAAUUCUCCCAUAGAAUGAGCAUGCGCAAUAUCCCUAUUCUUCUAAGUAGACUUCUAUAUCAUUUCAGCUAUUAUUAAUAUGGUUAAUUAUUAUACUAUUAACAAUUAUCAUACUAUUAACAUUAAACUAUUGUAAUUAAUAAAACAUUUUUUGUUAACAAAUCUACCACAGCACAAGAGGUAUACCACAGCACAAGAGAAUGUGGAUAAAAAAUAAAUCAACAUAUAAUUAUUGUGCAACAACCAUUCUUUCUUUAGUUAGUUUUGCUAUAACUUUUUGCGUAAAAGUAAGUACAAUAACCCGCGUUUACAACAAAACUCAAAUGUAUAAUAAAAAAAUGUAAUUUGUGAUAACUUUGCUUGGAAAGAAAUCAUUAAAUUAAUCAAUAAUCUAUAAGGUUGAAACCUUCGACACUCACGAUAAAUCACUAAUGUUUUACCACUUUGUCGAACCUUUGUAUUUACACCUGACGUCCGUUUUUGGAGCUGUGCUCCCGUCUUUGGAAGAAGCGGAGAAGAGCUACACUUUUAAUCUUCCUCCGAAGAUGGGAGCAUAGCUGCCGAAACGCGCGUUUCCUGUUAAUAAAAAGUUUCAUGAAAACGAUUUUUCGCGGCGAAACCCGACAUAUUUUAGGAAUUUUUUUUCCUAUUCCAAAAAUUAUUUGUCCGCUUACGCCGCGAAAAAUCCCUCUCAUGUUAUAAUUAUCGGACAACGAAAAAUUCUUCAAAUACAAAGUUUCGACAAAAUGAUAAAACGUAAGUGAUUUAAAUAAAUCAAUGUUUCUUUACGCUUUUUUCCGCCGUACCUAUAAUUAUUAGCAUUUUCUACAAAAUGUUUGAUAUGAUCAUGAUCGUUUCGUUGCACAAGUGUUUUGUAUCUAUAUCAACACAUAUCUGUAGAUAUUUAUUUUACCUAGACAUUUAUUUUUUAUUAAAUGUGACAAAUGUGUUGAAGUCGCCGUACAUUAUUUUUUUAUUAUAAUGAUCACUUCUGUAUUUGAUUGAAUGCUCUUUAAACCAUGAAAAUAAAUUGAAUUAUAUGAAAGUAAUAAAAGCGGUAAUAUUGUGCAAUAGUUGCAUUUACUGAAAUUUCAAGCGAAAUAAAAAAAAUUCUCACAUUUGUUGCUGGAUUUUUUUGCAUAAGGACUUUAGAUUCCCUACUUGUUCAAUUUUUAGGCUACUUCAAUGAUGCAUAAUCAAUUCUAGUUAUCACUGUUUUAAAUUUUUUCAUACAUUAGUAAAGGCACUAAAUAGGGUUUAAGGGUAUCGAAUGGAUGAAGCGAGACAAACUUAACGUUAAAUUUGACGAAUUAUUAAUGUGGUAUGUAUAUAUUUUUUAAGAGUAAAUAAAGUUCUAUCUUGACGAAAAAGUGGUAACUGUAGCUUUUAUUAACGUUAUUUGACGGAUAAAGAAAAUGACGAUACUGGUUAUCUUUCCUGACACCCCAAUGUUUAAUGAUAUUUAAGUUUAAUUUUGCUUUUUUACAUUUAAAAUCAAGAAUAGUGUGAUACAGUUUUGUGAAUAUUUUGUGAUAUCUAUGUAUUAUUAUUAUUAUUUUAAUUUAUUCACUAAUCCCGGCAAAUGAAGAAUACAUUCGACACUGUGAAUGAAAAACAGCAAGCGAUGUUCUACGCUCUCCCACAUUAGAUUAAGUUGACUAACGUUGGAUUAUUGAAGCUAAAGUUAAGUUAUGUAAUUGAACGAAGAAGAACAAAAUUUAUUUUGUUUGUUAUGUAAAUCAAAAGUGUGCAUAUGUUAUCAGACUUGCUAUACAGUUUCACUUUAACUAUAUAUGUACAUAGUUAUGCGUAUGUCCUAAAUAAAACGUUUUUGUGA